UCAUUCCAAUUAUACAGAGACACUCAUUUGCAAUAGCAUAUAAGAACAAUUGCGGUGCCAGACCUAGUAGGUUCAUAUACCAUUUUCUCUGGACCACAUUGCUAUCAAGAGUCAUGGAGGAGAUGCUUGUGAAUGUAAAGAAAUGGGUAGAAGAAAACAGAGAUGCUUUUCUGCCUCCAGUAUGUAAUAAGCUUAUGCAUCGCCGACAGCUCAAUAUAAUGUUUGUUGGUGGGCCAAACCAAAGGAAAGAUUACCAUAUUGAAGAAGGAGAAGAGUUGUUUUACCAGCUGCAGGGAGACAUGUGCCUGAAGGUAAUAGAAAAUGGAAAACACAAGGAUAUCCACAUUAAAGAAGGAGAGAUGUUUCUUUUACCAGCCAGGAUUCCACAUUCUCCACAAAGGUAUGCAGACACUGUGGGAUUGGUAAUUGAAAGGAGAAGAUUAAAAACAGAAACUGAUGGACUCCGAUACUAUGUUGGAGAAUCAACAGAUGUCCUUUUUGAAAGAUGGUUUUACUGUGAGGAUCUUGGUGUACAACUUAUCCCAAUAAUUCAAGAAUUUUUCAGUUCAGUGCAGUAUCAAACUGGAAAACCCAAACCAGAUGAAAUCUUAAGAGCCAUUCCUUUCCCACUAAAUGAUAUCACAGUCAUGGAUCCCUUUUCUUUGCAAGGCUGGAUGAAUGAUUACCAAGAAGAUAUAGCUCAGAAAAAAUCCUUGAGUCUUUUUGGAGACAACUUUGAAACAGAGGUUAUAAUAUUUGGACCAGGAAUAACUGAAGAGGGAGGAAGGAAUGCAGAUAUAUGGAUAUGGCAGAUGGAAGGCACAUCUUUUGUUACUAUUGAUAGUAAAAUCCUGACUUUAAGGACUGGAGACAGCCUUCUUGUCCCAGUGCAGACUAAGUUUCACUGGAAGAGAGAUGAAGGAUCCAUUGCUCUUUCUGUUGUUCAGAAUCCAGCGAGGAAAAGACCCUAUGUCUGAGUUUGGUAUCCAUAUCCCGCUGUCAAGAAUUAUUAAUACAAUUCUACUUUUUAAAUGGAAAAAAGUGUCAAUUUUAUGGUUGUUUGUAGAACUUUGAAAUACAAUGUGAAUGUAUUUCCUGGAA